AUGGGGUCUGACGACAGAGUAAACGUCUCAGUGGAGCAAACGAAAGACACUGUGCCCUUCAUCAUCGACGGCAAGGAUGUCACCUCAAGCUCAACUUUCAAGGUGAUCAACCCUGCUACUGGUGAACGAGUCUGGGAUGGCUCUUCUGUCUCAAAUAGCGAGGCCAUCGACGCCAUCAAGGCAGCGGAGGCAGCAUUUCCCUCAUGGUCUCAAACAAAGCCCAGCUAUCGAAGGGACAUUAUGUUCCGGGCGGCAGACCUGUUUCUCAGUAGAAAACAGGAGUUGCUCUCUUACCAGAACAAGGAGACAGGUGCUGGAGUUCAAUUCAUGGAAAUCAAUAUCAACGCAACGGUGCAGAUCUUAAGAGAUCUUGGCGGCCGGAUUGAAGCUGCGGUUCAAGGAUUUGUACCUGUGACUGCAGAAGAGGGCUCCCAUGCCAUGAUAGUCAAGGAACCAUAUGGCGUGGUCCUUGCCAUUGCACCAUGGAAUGCUCCUUACGUGCUGGGUGCCAGGUCAGUUUCAUUCGCCCUCGCGACAGGCAACACAACGGUCCUCAAAGGCUCCGAAUUGAGCCCUCGUGUAUUUUGGGCUAUAGGCGACAUCUUCCGACAAGCUGGGCUCCCCGACGGAUGUUUAAAUGUCAUCUACCAUCGAACUGCUGAUGCGGCUGCCAUUUCGAAUACCCUGAUCGCCCAUUCCGCAAUCAAGAAGAUCAACUUCACAGGCAGUACUCUUGUUGGAAGCAUCAUCGCUAGCUUGGCGGGAAAAUACGUGAAACCACUUUUGCUGGAACUGGGGGGAAAGGCCAGUGCAAUUGUCCUAAAAGAUGCAGACGUGCAAAAGGCCGCGGCCAGCUGUGCAGUUGGCGCCUUCAUCCAUGGCGGCCAAGUGUGCAUGGCCACGGAGCGUAUCUUGGUUCAGAAAUCGAUAGCUGAUGAAUUUAGUGCUGCUCUCAAGGAAGUCACGCAGAAACUUUUCAGCUCCCAGACUCCGCCAUUCGUACUAGUCAACUCUGCUGCUGUUGUGAAAAACAGGAAACUGCUUGACGAUGCCGCCAGUAAAGGCGCGACGCUCUUAUUGGGCGAUCCGGAGGCCUCGGAAGACCAGCCCACUAAGAUGAGACCCGUCAUCGUGUCUAAUGUGUCGAGGGAGAUGGAUAUAUACUAUACGGAGUCCUUUGGGCCAACGGUAUCUUUGAUUACCUUUGAGACUGAAGAGGAGGCUCUUACAAUUGCAAAUGACACCGACUAUGGUCUGUCGGGUGCCGUCUUCUCCGAAGACCUGAAGGCGGCAAUGAGAGUGGCGAGGAGGUACGAGACUGGUGCCGUCCACAUAAACGCUAUGACAGUGCAUGAUGAGGCUUCACUUGUGCACGGGGGAGCAAAGAAGAGUGGGUACGGAAGGUUCAAUGCUGCACAGGGGUUGGACGAGUUUCUGAGGUACAAGACUAUAACGUGGAAAGAAUAA